AUGGGUUCAAUUGAGUUGUUGAAUGCUGCUUACAAGGGGGAACUCAAUCGCUUCAAGAGGUUUGCUUUGAAUCAUGCCAAAGAUGAAGGGGGUGGAGUAGCAGAAGCGAUUGAAAAGCUUAAACUUAAAGAUGGAAGAGGAUGUCUUCAUUUUGCUGCUGCGGGAGGAAGUUUACAAGUUUGCAAAUACUUGAUUGAGAAUUUGAAGCUUGGUGUGGAUACCAAAGAUGGACAAGGUUGCACAUCCUUGUAUCAUGCCUCUCUAAAUGGGCAUUUUGACAUGGUUAGAUAUCUUCUUGAAAAGGGUGCCAACCCUAAUGCGUCAAAUGAUACGAAUCUCACUCCUUUACACUAUGCUGCUAAGUCAGGUGAUACAAAGAUAAUAACCUUGUUACCUUCAAAGGGUGUUCGCUUAGAUGUUGUAAAUAGCUCUGGCACUGCCCUUCAGUUGCUGUUGCUGUUGGUCAUCGAGAUGCGGUUAAAGUGUUGUUGGAUCACGCCCAAUUAUGAUAAUAGUGAGGGUAUGCUUAGACCACUAAUAACGGCAGUGGGUACCGAGUCAUGGGAAUGCAUGGAACGUUUACUAUAG